ACCUGAAGGCAGCACAGGGAAGGAGCCUGUGGAGGAAUCUGAAGGUUCAUUCGGUCUGAUCGGAGCCAUGGAGGGCCGAGGAGGACUGUCGGACGCCGCUGUGUCUGCUGCCUGCAAAGAAGGAGAUCCCAUCACCAAGGACUACAUGAUGCAGCAGACGAUGCUGAGGGUCAAAAAUCCAGCAAAAUCUUUGGAUUUCUACACUCGAAUCUUGGGCAUGACCUUGCUCCAGAAAAUCGACUUCCCUUCCGUGCGUUUCACCCUCUACUUCCUGGGUUACGAGGAAAAGUCCGACAUCCCGGCCGACAUCAAAGAGAGGACGGCGUGGACCUUCUCCCGCCGAGCCACCAUAGAGCUCACUCAUAACUGGGGUUCAGAGUCGGAUGAAAAUCUAUCCUACCACAAUGGGAACAACGAGCCGCGAGGAUUUGGUCAUAUUGGUAUUGCCGUUCCUGAUCUUCACGCCGCUUGCAAAUUAUUUGAAGCGCAAAACGUGACGUUUGUCAAGAAACCAGACUCGGGUUAUUGUGACUCAUGCAUUCAUGGAAAAGCAGGAUUUUACUGUUGGAGCUGAGGUAAAAUGAAGGAUCUGGCCUUCAUUCAGGACCCCGAUGGCUACUGGAUUGAGAUUUUAAGUCCUAACAACAUGGUGUCCUUGAUGACAGAUUAAAGCUUGGAUGACGGCGCUGAAACAGAAGAAGACUGUUUACAUGACAACAAUUCGAUACUCACAUAAAGUCUGUUCUGGUUCAAUCCUGUUCCACAUUUUCUCUUCUUGUUCUGUUGCUCCUUUUCUAAAAAAUAAGAAAAUAAAAAAACAGGAAACGGAAAGUGUUCGCUGUUUCUUUGACAGUCUGCUGCAGAGUUGAAGAGCCGUGCUCACUUCCUUAGCGUAGCGUGCUAGCA